AUGCUGGGUUUGUUGUGGUUCGGCUGAAGAAAGAGAAACUCCUGGUGAAGCAGCUGAGAUCCGCGCGACACACUGUUAUAAAGAUGGCUUUUAUUAAAGAGGAGAGUGAAGACGUGCAGAUUGAAGAAGCGUUCAGAGUCAAACAUGAAGAUCCCGAGGAACUAACAGAACUGAUGCCAUUGAAAGAGGAGAGUGACAUGCUGACUGAUAUGGAAGAGGAAGAUCAAUAUGAUAAACAUCAUGAUUUCCUAACUGGAGAUGAAUCUUUUACUUGCUCACAGACUGAAAAUACUUCCUCACGAAAGAUAUCUCAAAAGAUGGUAACAAGUUAUUUUGCCUGCUUUCAGUGUGGAAAGAGUUUCAGUCAACAUGAAAACCUUCAGGUCCACCUACAACUUCACACUGGAGAGAGCCCUUUUACCUGCCAACAGUGUGGAAACAUAUUCACUCAAAAAGGAAGCCUUAACAGGCACAUGAGAAUUCACAUUGGAGAGAAGCCUUACACAUGCCCUCAGUGUGGAAAGAGUUUUGAUCAAUAUGGGAAUCUUAAAGUCCACAUGAGAGUUCACACUGGAGAGAGCCCUUUCACCUGUCAACAGUGUGGAAAAUGUUUCAGCCGAAAAGGAAACCUUAACUAUCACAUGAGAGUUCACACUGGUGAGAGCCCUUUUACCUGCCAACAGUGUGGAAUAAGUUUCACUGUAAAAGGAAGCCUUACCAGGCACAUGAGAAUUCACACUGGAGAGAAGCCUUACACAUGCCCUCAAUGUGGAGAGAGUUUCGAACAACAUGGAAACCUUAAGGUCCACAUGAGAAUUCACACUGGAGAAAAGCCUUACACAUGCCCUCAGUGUGAAAAGAGUUUUGAUCAACAUUGGAACCUUAAAGUCCACAUGAGAGUUCACACUGGAGAGAAGCCUUACAAAUGCACUCAGUGUGGAAAGAGUUUCGAUCGACAUGGAAACUUUAAAGCCCAUGUGAGGGUUCACACCGGAGAGAAGCCUUACACAUGCACUCAGUGUGGUAAGAGUUUCACUCAAAAAGGACACCUUGAAGUCCACAUGAGAAUUCACACUGGAGAGAAGCCUUUCACCUGUCAACAAUGUGGAAAAAGUUUCAGCCGAAAAGAAAUCCUUGACAAGCACAAGACAAUUCACACUGGAGAGGAUGAGUUUAGAUCCACAUGGACAUCUUAAAGCCACAUAAAAAUUCACACUGGGGAGAAACAUUUAUAUUUGGUCAGUGUGGGAAGAGUUUACGAUAUAAUCGUAAACCAAUGCCAUGAAGUUAGCAUUUUUAAACCUCUGCAAACUAUUUCUGAUCAAUGACUUAAUCACCACAAACAAC